AUGGCACUCCGGUCUGGUGUUUUGAAAGUAAGGCGGGCUUACUGGAGCUCACUGGAAGCCUUUAUAAAGACUCUCGAUUCAAUCGGGACCCGAGUUCCGGUUCUUUCUACCAUACGGCUUAAUUUUUUAUCUCUCCAUUAUGGCUACAUCAUCACCUGUUCCCUCGUUGCCUCUGUCAUCCUCUACGCGCCUGGGAACGUGACAUACAUUGAUGCGCUGCUGUUCGCUACCGGUGCUACUACCCAGAGCGGUCUCAACCCCGUCGACACCAAUCUUCUAUUGACCUACCAGCAGGUUGGGUUAUGGUUCGUUUCCAUGAUCACCAAUCCGAUCUUCAUUAAUACGUUCGUCGUUUUCAUCCGCCUUUUUUGGUUUGAAAGGCGAUUUCAACAUGUCGUCCAUGAGGCCAAAGCCUUAAGACGCAUUAAAUCAAGACAAAGGACUCUGACCCGCGAGGCUUUGACCAAAGAUCGGCGGGAAACUAGCCACAACCGAGAUCGAGGAAAUAUAGGGGUCCGUGGAAAGGAGAUAGUGCUUUUGAGGGAUAGUGGUACUGGACAGGCUCAGGGUUGUUCAGCGGCUCAUGAUAUUGAGAAGAAGACAGAUGCGGCUUCCACGUCUGAGAGCGACAGGUCACCCAAACCAAGUCCUGGCGGCGAGCCCAGUUCCCCUCAGGGGGAGGAUCAAGCUAGAGGAGAAAACCGAGGUGAUGCGGCGGAUACGAUGGAGCCUCCCAUAUCUGACAAAAAUGAUAAAGGUGUUGAGCUCGGAGCGUCUAAAUAUUUGAGCCCCGAGCAUCAUAUUGCGUUCCUAGCACAUCAACGGAGGCACACGUGCGCAUUACGUAUUCCGAGCCCUCGAGAGUACGAUAGAGGCGGAGUCCCACAAACAGUUGAUGAUGAUGCAGACGGCGAAGAUCUGACACAAGUACAGACAUCACGGUCGGAGUGGCCCGCCACUCCGCCUUGUACACAGCCGCCCCAAGAACACCAUAUCACCAUCGAUGAGCCUAAUGCUGCCCGGAUGCGUUCGAGAAUUAACCCUCGCCGAAGGUCAACCUAUCGUCCCUCGGAACCGGAUGCAGAUUUCAUUCCGCCAGAAAGGACGAGAAGUAGAACAUUUUCGGGUCUUUUUCGUUCUUCGUCUCAGGGUCCUGACAUUGGUUCAAGCCCCUAUCUUAGUUGGCAGCCGACAAUCGGCCGAAAUUCUGCGUUUGUCGACCUUACAGAGGCUCAGAGGAACGAGCUAGGGGGUAUUGAAUACAGAGCCUUGAAAUUACUAGUGGUGGUGCUGAUUGGCUAUUUCUUCUUCUUCCAUCUCCUAGGCAUUGUAUCUUUGGUGCCAUGGAUUCUGAAAACAGAAAGAUUCGGUAACAUUGUCAAAGAAGCAGGGUUAGGCCGUCCGUGGUGGGCUGUUUUCACCUCUGCUUCCGCCUUCAACGAUCAAGGAUUCGCUCUCACCCCUGACUCGAUGAUGUCGUUCUACGAUGCAAUAUUUCCACUUCUUUUGCUGAGUUUCCUUAUUCUCGUUGGAAAUACCGCAUUUCCUUGCAUGCUGCGAUUUACGAUCUGGAUGCUUUCUCACCUCGUUCCCUUCGGCAGCCCUGCGUGGGAAGAAUUGCGGUUCUUGCUAGACCACCCACGAAGAUGUUUUACCCUUAUGUUUCCUGGCGCGGCUACGUGGUGGCUAUUUGGAGUUCUUGUUGUUCUGAAUGGUCUACAACUGAUCUUCUUCAUUAUUUUAGAUUUGAAUAACCCGGAAAUCAAUAGGAUUCCGAUUGGGAUACGCUUUGUGGAUGGUUUUUUCCAAGCAGCAUCGACGCGGACGGCUGGUUUAGCGGUCGUCAAUCUGGCAAAUAUUCAUCCUGCUGUUCAGGUAUUCUUUUUGAUUAUGAUGUAUAUUUCCGUGUUCCCUGUUGCCAUUUCGGUCCGUCGGACAAACGUUUACGAGGAGGGCAGUUUGGGGAUAUAUUCCUACCCUGAUGACGAUGAAGAUGAAACGCUGGGCUCGAAGCAUGUCAGUUAUAUCGGGGCCCAUCUACGAAAACAACUAAGCUUCGAUUUAUGGUAUAUUUUCCUUGGGUUGUUCCUCAUCUCCAUCAUCGAAGUCAACAGGCUUGACCAAAAGGGCGAAAAUUCUUUCUCCAUGUUCGCGGUCAUGUUCGAAAUUGUCUCCGCCUACGGAACCGUGGGCCUGUCACUUGGGUUCCCGAACUCCAACACCGCGCUCUGCGGGCACUUCAGGCCCUUAUCGAAACUCAUUAUCAUCGCCAUGGAAAUCCGUGGCCGCCAUCGUGGUUUGCCAUACGAACUCGAUCGUGCUAUUCUGCUACCAUCCGAAUCCCUCAACCGGAAGGAAUCAAUGGACGCCAACAGACGGUUGAGACGUCGUGGAUCCAAUAUGAGCACCUUUUCCGUAGCCACACGGCAGCAGUCAAUGCCACGCGUGCCCCUCAAGGAGACACGAUCAUCAAGUGCGUAUCAGCGAGGCGGGUGGCUUGGUUCCCGGCCAGAGUCAACUUCUUCUCAUCAGGAAGGUGUUUAG